GGAGUAUAAGCUGAGUCUGUGCAGCUGGAAAUAUCUGUUGAGAAAGCUUCAUCCUGGAUCAGACUCGGAGAAGCUUCGUCCAAGCAGUCAGCCUGAGAGGUGCAAGCCAGGAUUGGCCAAGUGAGAGAGGGAGGGAGACAAUAUGGGGGAGUGCCACUACAACCAGUCCGUCUGGUUCUUCUACAACAGCACAGGCAAAGAGCUGAGCCCAUUUUGGAGGACCAAGGACAAGCUGGUGGUCUCCCUGGGCCUCUUGGUGUGCGUGAUCAUCAUCCUGGUCAACCUUCUAGUCAUCGUGGCUAUUGCCAUCAACCGGCGUUUCCACUAUCCCAUCUUCUAUCUGCUGGCUAACCUUGCAGCUGCUGAUCUCUUCUCCGGCAUCGCCUACAUGUUCCUCAUGUUCCACACUGGGCCCCGCACCAUCCAUCUCAGCGUGGGCACCUGGUUCAUUCGACAGAGCCUCCUCGACAUCAGCCUGACUGCCUCAGUUGCCAACCUCUUGGCCAUCGCAGUGGAACGCCACCAGACUAUCUUCCAGUUUCAGCUGCACAGCAAGAUGAGCAAUCAACGGGUGAUCAUCCUCAUUGGCUGCAUCUGGUGCACGGCUGUAUUGAUAGGCUUCAUCCCGCAUUUGGGUUGGAACUGCAUCUGCCAUUUGGACAGCUGCUCGCGGAUGGCACCUCUCUACAGCCAGAGCUACCUGGUUUUCUGGGCCAUCUCCAACCUUGCAAUCUUCUGUGUUAUGCUGUUGAAUUACCUGCACAUUUACUACUAUGUCAAGCAGAAAACCAAGCUAAUGUCCCGGCACACAUCCUUCCAAAGUCGACACAAGGAGACCGUGAUGAAUCUCAUGAAGACUGUGGUCUUUGUUUUGGGUGCAUUUGUUAUCUGCUGGACUCCGGGGCUUGUAGUCCUGCUGCUGGACGGCGUGGACUGCAAGAGCUGUGACAUUCUGAAGGUGGAGAAGUACUUCCUGCUCUUAGCCGAGCUCAACUCCCUGAUCAACCCCUUCAUCUACUCUUACCGGGAUGAGGAGAUGCUCCAGACCUUCAAGAAGAUCCUCUGCUUCCCAUGCCAUCAGGAUGUCGACUUCAGGGACCCUGUCAAAUCCCACAUCCUGAUGCAGCAGAUGCUGUCGACCAGUCAGAGACCCUCAACAUCUCACGAAAACUCCACUGUGUAAAGACAAGGACUUGCGCUGCCUGGCUCAGCGACAAGAGGGGGCCCCUUCACCCAGCUGAGGAUCUCUGUGCCCGGUCACAAAAGAGGCCAACAGGCAGGAAAUGACUUGAUCCCUGACGAGGUGAAACUGUCCCAGAGAUCUAUUUUUAUUUGGAAGACGCAUUUUUUUUGUGGUAGAAUGUAUGAAAGAUACGGGUGUUGGGGAGGGGGAGGGGGUGGGGUGGAGAGACAGACUUUCC